GGUCACUCGUCCCAUUCCACCGCUGGUCGCCGAGCAGUCCACAGGUACACGCGUCAAGCUCUGCCCCGCAGUAAGUACGACACUGGACCAACACCUCUCCCCCCAAGUCCAAGACCGGAUUUGGUUCAAGUCUCCGAACGCGUAGUACGCUGCAGCAGAUCUUAUACGAAAUGGCUAGCCGUUACGCCUCGACCGCCGCUCUGCUGGUAUUCGUCGCCGCCGUCUUCCUGCAAGCUACGUCAGCCGCUUACGUGGUGCCAGAAAUGGUCGUGAUGAGGAUGAAGCGCAACCCCGAACCCAUGCGAUCAUUUUCGUUCAGCGGUUUCAACCCUAACGGUCAGAUGGCCGCGUUCACCGGCCUGGCCGAGUACCCGAUGUUCGGUGGCAGCUACGGGUCACCGUCGCAGGCCGGCCCGUACGGCUACGGGCCGCAACCGGCCACGCAAGACCCUUACGGGCCACAGCAGGCCAGUCAAGACUCUUACGGGCCACCGCCGUCGGGCGUCGCGGGACAGCAGCAGACGCCGGCCGCCGACUCGGCCAACAAACAGCAAUACGGAGGUUCGUCGGCCGCGGGCAGUCAACAGCAACCGCAAGAGUACGUUCCAACGAAGUCGGGCGUGCCGGUAGAUUCCAAGGAACAGAGCAACAACAGCGUGGAACAAGCGGACAGCAAGAAACAGUACAGAGGUCGCGAUGGCCCGAGCAGCAAUGCGGAAGCUUCGUUCAACGCUUGGUUUMCCAUAAUGUUCGGUGUAUUCCCCAACGGUGCUGGCAGCGGCAACGGUCAAUCGGGCAACGGAAACAACCGCGGUAACUACAACCAAGGACAGGGCCAGGGUCCGGACCAAGGUAACUCGUACGGGGGCAACGGUUACGAGAGGUCAUCGGGCACGACGGUGAUCGCAAACAGCGUGAGCAACGGCAGACACGGUGUGGCCACCAGUCAUGCGAUCGCCUACGGCAAUCCCAGGUCUUCGUCGCAAAAAUGAACGCGACUAUAUUAUAAUAGGUCAUAAUAUUGUUGAAAUUAGAAAGACCACAACUUAAUGAUUUUGUAUAAAAUUAAAAGGUCUUUCUAGUUCUCCGUGAUAUAUAUACGUAUUUAUAUUGUUAUGAUGUAAGGUACCGUAAAAUAGGUUAAUAGUAUACCAAUUGCAUAUCCUAUCUACUCACAAAAUAUUUUCAAAUUAUAAUUAUUAAAUAUUUUUUUUAUUUUUUUUUUUUGACGUAUGAAAAUCGUAUGUAUUAUAUACUAUUAAUGGCACCUGUAACAGUUAUCGAUUAAAUACAUACAAUGCAUACUCAUAAAAA